AAAUGCUGUUUCAUUCCCGUGAAUGAAUUUUCGAAUGCACUCUUUAGAUCGGUCGAUUUGUUCGCGGAGAGAACUUGAAUGAAUAGUCGACAUUACGUAAUAUAGUGAACAAUUUACAAUAAUUUUCCGUACGUGAAUCUUGCGAGAAAAAUAUUCGUUUAUUGUAUACUGGAUUGCAUUGGAUUUCUUUUUUCACUUGCAGGGUGACAUAACCUGAGACUUAUCUGACCUGUCGCUGUUCGCUUAUGGCGAAUUAAAUCGACGAGAUCUAAAUUAUUCACAGUAUCCACAACCAUGUUAAUUCAAUACCUAGAUAAGUGGAAAUACAGCAAUGCGCCUGAAGGUCAGGAGCCCUUUGAGAAGAUAAUCGGGCUGAGUAAAUAUGGACUUUACACUAGCGUCCUUGUCGGUGGAUACGAUUGUAUAAUAGUAUCUCAGUCGUACACCUUCUGGCAAGCAUUAAAUACUAUGUCUUAUUGGGUGCUGCCGAUUACUGGCAUGUGCGCUACUUUUGCUUCUGUGGCAUAUGCAGUGACAAAAAUUAGAGGAAAAGAUGGCUACGCCAACUAUGUUCUAGCUUCGUUAGCUACAGGUGGAGUCUUCUAUCAUUGGCAGAAAAAGCCUAUACUCAGUCAUAAUUUCACUGUCGCAUUAAUUGCAUGUGCCAUCGCUAAGAAGCAUAGUGAUUUCAUUGGCGAGAAACUUUUCCCAAUGGACGAUAUAUUCAGUCAACACACUACUAUCCCACUUGAUUUUACCAUCGUCAAGGAUGUUAGAGGACGUAGGCCCUGGGAGUGAUGAUCUUUUAUAUACAUAAAGAAAAUAAUUAGUGUUGAUGCAUAAAAUUAAAAUGGAGAUAUUCGAUUCUUCGUUCAAGGGUCGUGAGCUUUUCAUUGAGGACUGCUAUCCUUGAGCGACAAGACAUAUCUAAAAGAAAGAAGAUUGAAUAUAUAUAGUAUAUAUAAGAGAGUAUUGAAAAAUAAUAUACC